AUGUGUCUGGACAAUGGGUUGGCUAGAACACCACCAAUGGGAUGGAGCACAGUUUAUGCACUCGGCUGUCGGGUGGAUUGUCAGAGGUAUUCAAACAACUGUCUUAAUGAGGAUGCAAUCAAACGAACAGCUGAUAAACUGGUAUCGGAUGGUUGGCGAGAUUUGGGUUAUAAAUAUGUGAUACUUGAUGAUUGUUGGUUAGCAAAACAACGUGAUCCGAAUACAAAUAGCCUUAUGGCAGAUCCUUCAAGAUUUCCAAGUCGUUCUACUUUUAUAGUUCGUAUAUAUUUAAACUCCGAAAAAAUAUUUCGUUUCCAGGGUAUUGAGUGCAUUGCAAAAUAUCUGCACUCCAAAAACCUUCUACUCGGUGUAACUCUUAGUUACGGGGCCAUGACAUGUGCUCGUUAUCCUGGAAGUAUAAAUCAUUUAGAAUUGGAUGCAAAAACAGUGGCUGACUGGGGAGUGGAUUAUGUGAAGAUGCUUGCCUGCCACUCUGCGGAGAAUACUGCACCAGAUGGUUUUGAGAAAUUUCACAGAUUACUCAACGCAACUGGCAGGACGGUAAUGCUUAUGUGUACUUAUCCAGCAUAUAGCUAUUGGCUUUCAAACUCUAAUUUGAUUGACUGGAAAAGAUUACAAAAUAAUUGUAAUUUGUGGCGAGUGUGGUCCAACGUGCAGAGCAAAUGGAGUUCUAUAAUCGGUAUUAUUAAUAGAUAUAAACUUCGCAACGAUUUUUUUCCGAAAGUGGCUGGUCCCGGACAUUACAAUGAUCCCGAUGUGUUAGUCUUAGGAUACAAUGGACUUUCGAAUGAUCAAAAGCGAGCACAUAUGGGCAUGUGGUGUAUGUUUGCUGCUCCACUAGUGAUCUCAGCUGACAUGGACAAGUUGGAUCCAUUCAGUGCAUCUCUGUUACGUAACAAACAUUUGUUGGCGAUAGAUCAGGAUAAAGGUGGACAUCAGGCGGAAUUCGUGAAAACACGAAAUGAUGUACAGGUGAGCUCAUUGCAUUAG